AUGAUGUCUCGUUCUCUCUGGCAAGCCAAAUCUGUUAGUGUCAUUGUUGCUCAAUCUAUCUCAUUAGUUCCUGUUCAUCGGAGAGGUUAUGCAGUUGCGUCUGAUGUAUCGGUAAGAGUUCGUAGGCGUGGAAUUGUGGGAGGUGCAGAAGAAAAGUCUGUUACAAGAGAUGGUUCAAAACCCUACUCUGAUUGGGCCCCAGACCCAGUAACAGGUGACUACAGGCCGAUUAAUCACAUCCCUGAAAUUGAUCCGGUGGUGCUCCGACAGAUGUUGCUUAACCACAAGUUCAGAUCACCACAGUAG